AUGAACAGUGAAACUUGCACAGUAAAAAUAAGACUGGAAGAUUACAGCGAUAAUGAAACAUUUAAAAUCAAAUGGCUGGAAUUGGCACUACCUCAGCUUGGAAUGUUGGUGAUUGGAAUCGAUUUUGGAGAAGUUAAGCCUUUCAUGCUUUUUUUUAUUGGACAGUGGCAACGAAAUAUACAACAAACAGCAUUAAGACUUCAUACAUGGGGGCAGCAAUUGGUCUAUCAUACAGAGAAUCCUACAUAUUACGAAAUACUUGGUGUUUCAAAAAACGCAACACAGGCAGAAAUUAAGAGGGCUUAUUAUGAAAGGUCAAAAGAAUUGCAUCCAGACAGGAAGAAGUGUUCAAACAAUCAUGAAAUUAAACGACGAAAUGAUGCAUUUAUCGACUUAACCACAGCGUACGAAGUUUUGAAAGUUCCAGAACAACGUCAGACAUAUAAUAUCUCAUUGGAUAACAGCAGAACAUCUGUUGAUUGUACAGAACGAUCAAACUUCGAUGGACUUUUCUCUCACUGUCAGCGUAAAAGCGAGAAAAAAUCAGCUAGCUCGAUAGAAAUGUACUAUGAAUUCUGGCAGAAUUUCGGUGUCUUUGGCGACUGUCUAAGAUUUAUAGCACAGUCUCUCGUUGUCGCAGUGAUGGAGGAUAUGUUGGAAAAGCGGUUAGCAAAAUUGGAAGGUCGAUUAGGCUUACGCAAGGCAGGGAACGUUACAAAUUUAAAUGAAGAAUUAACUCUUGUGCGGAAGAAGAUAUCCGAAGCUGGUUGUGGCUUUCUGUUGAAAGUUUCAGCUGACAUGUUGCAAAAGAUCACUGAUCUGGCAACUGGUAGCGAUUAUUUGACCUCAACAGAAAAGAAGAGAGAAAUAGAGUUUGGUCACGAUCUAAUGAUCGAACGGGUUAGACUACUGGAGCAGUUUCAGAAAGAUUCCGAGGUUGUAUUCAAAUCUGAAUCAAUUUCAAAUGUAGGCCAUCAUAUACCAAUGCUCAAUGCAGCCGAGAAGGAAAUCAAUGAAUCGGCUUUGGAUGUGAAAAAGCACCACGGCAAUGUCGCGGAUAUCAAAAGGAAAUUUGUGAUACUUUUGGAGCAACUCCACUAUCAAGUUCUCGAGUGGGAAAGUAUUGUAGAGAAGCUUGAACAGGAGAAGCAAAAAAAGGAAACAAAUGCAUAA